CUCGGGGGGCUGGCUGGUGUCGCGCUGCCGCGGUUACAGGAGGGCGUGGGGGAGGGGCAUUCGGCGCGUCUGCCCUGUCAAAGCGGGAGCAGCGGCGGGUCCGCGUCUACGCGCGCGCAGCGCCCUGCGGGGUGACAGCCCCUCCCCCCGACUUCUGCCGUGAUAUCAAAGCAACCGUCCUUAGCGCCGGGCCACGUGCGCACCCAGCACACUCCCUGGAGAGGUGCUACGUGCAGGGCUAAAAGCGGAGCCCUCUGCUUUACUGCUGUUGCCCACUGGUGUUCUACCAGCUUGGGGGUUUCUUCACUGUAUGCAGAUAUUUUCUGGUGUCUUCAAGAUUUGAUUGUCGCCAAGGUGCAUAAUGGAGCCCUUAACCCUUUCAGAGCCACAGCCUUCCCCACAAAACAGCUUGCCCACACCACAAAAGACGUACCAUGUGCUGGUGGGUGUUACUGGAAGUGUGGCUGCCCUGAAGUUGCCUAUUCUUGUCUCAGAAUUGCUGGAGAUUCCUGGGCUGAAAGUGCGUGUGGUAACAACCGAGAGGGCAAAACAUUUCUACAACCCCCAGGAGAUUCCUGUAACCCUCUACAGUGACAUUGAGGAAUGGCAGCUGUGGAAAGGACGUACGGACCCAGUCCUCCACAUCGACCUGAGGCGCUGGGCCGACCUGAUGCUAGUGGCUCCUCUUGAUGCAAAUACACUGGCAAAAAUAGCAAAUGGCAUCUGUGACAACUUACUGACCUGUGUUAUCCGCGCGUGGGAUAUGACUAAACCCCUGCUGUUCUGCCCUGCUAUGAACACAGCCAUGUGGGAGCAUCCUAUUACAGCUCAGCAGGUGGAGCAACUAAAGGACUUUGGCUACACAGAGAUCCCUUGUGUGGUGAAGAGGCUGGUGUGUGGGGAUGAAGGUCGAGGUGCCAUGGCAGAAGUAUGGACCAUUGUGGAGAAGGUGAAGGCGAUCCUUUCAGAGCGGGACUUGCUGACACAGAGCUGAUUCCUUGAUGAGAAGAGAAUACAUUGAAAGAGAGCACACAAGGCCUUGUAUUGACCUUUGCCCUUUUGUAUCCAUUGAUGUGUGGAGAUGCAGACGUCAAACAUAAACCAAAAUGAACUUUUGGCUCUGCCCGGCAGUAUGCUGCAGGUCUUAGAAUCAACACGUUUGGCUACUCUGGAGAGCCUGGGGCAGCUGUUCCCAAGAGACUUUAAUGCUCCUUUUGAAAUUGAAAAUUAACUGCGUGAUGUGAGAAAGUUGGGAAAUCCUCACCAUGGACACCAGCCGUUAGACCUGCGAGGGCCCCACAGUUCAUCCUCCUCCUUUGAAAUGCGAUCCUUCCACUGAAGGGGAUGGGAGUGGACUGGGGAGGGUACUGCAGUCAGCAGACCACGAGGUUUGUUUACAGAUACUAGAGUUUUAUUUUUAACUAGUCACAAUCAAAUAUAAGGCCUUCUGUACAGAACCUACAUAUUAGGCAACCUUUGAGCUCCUUAGCAUGAAAGGUUAUCAUGGAGUGUUUAGUUUCCUUAUCGAUGAUACACAAAUAAAAAGGCUUCUGAACUUUC